UUGGGUGCUGUAAAGUGGGAUGGCGGUUCUCCAGACCAAACGACGACUGCUAAUGUUCUUAAUGCAUUCAGACUAAUAUAAAUGCACUUCCAUCAACCUGGGUAGCAUUCACCUCUUUAUUAUUGAACAUACCACAAACGUAUACAAGAGACUUACAAAAUUGGUCUUCACCUUCAGUCAUGGCUACGUAUCUACGGACCAAUAUACACGAUGACUGGACCUUCAAGCAAGCAGACAAGCCAGAUUCGGACUUUCGAUCCGUUGCUCAGUUUCCAACUGUCAUUCAUCUCGAUCUAUUACACUACGGACUGAUACCAGAUCCGCCAAAUGACAGAAACAGCGAGCUCAUCCAAUGGAUUGGUGAGAAACAGUGGCUCUAUAAGACUUCAUUCGUUUCACCACAGCCACCGUCGGGCAGCGGCAAGAUAUCCCACACAAUGGUCUUUGAUGGCCUCGACACUUAUGCCAAGAUUCGUCUCAACGGAGAAGAGAUAGCCAGCACAGCCAACAUGUUUCUUCAAUAUCGUGUAGAUGUCACAGCUACAUUGAAGCCAGCAGGUAGAGAAAACACCCUCGAGCUUCUUUUCGACUCUGCUUUCUUAGAGGGCAAACGGCUUGAAAAAGCGCAAGGCUACAAGAACUUGUUCUGGAAUGGCGAUUCGUGCCGUAUGAAUGUCCGCAAGAUCGGAUGCCAUUUCGGAUGGGAUUGGGCACCAACACUCUUAACUUGUGGCCCAUGGAGGCCAAUCUAUCUUGAGUCCUUUGUCACUCGAAUCGCUGAUCUGAAUAUUGAUAUCGAUGUUGCUGACUCGCUAGACUUUGCAACCGUAGCCAUCAUGCCAGAGCUGCAAGGUCUCAACAGCAAUAAUAACAAGUCGGUACAAGUCAACAUCAGCGGCCCAGAUGGGGAAGCCAUUUUCGCCGGCAGUGGGAAUAGCAGCGUAUCCAUCAAAGCCCCCAAACUAUGGUAUCCAGUAGGAUAUGGAAAGCAGCCGCUAUACACGGUGACAGCCACUCUCGGUGACCAAAGAGUCAUUCGCAAAGUCGGCAUCCGCCACCUCCGUCUAAUACAGCGACCCCUUGAAAACGGCGCUCCAGGAACAACAUUCUUCUUCCAAGUAAACCAGAUCCCCAUAUACUGCCGCGGUGCCAACUGGGUGCCCGGAGACACGUUCUUGCCGAGGAUUAAUGCGACUCGUUAUCGCCAGUGGAUCGAAUUGGCACUCCACGGAAACCAGAAUAUGAUUCGCGUCUGGGGCGGAGGGCUCUAUGAAGAUGAUUCAUUUUAUGACAUUUGCGACGAGCUUGGCAUUCUCGUAUGGCAUGAUUUCCAACUCGGAUGCGGCGUAUAUCCCGUGUCAGACUUCAUGACCAACACCAUCCGCGAGGAGGCCAUCUAUAACCUCAAACGACUGCGGCAUCACCCUUCAAUCGUCCUAUGGUGCGGCAACAACGAGGACCACAUGUUUGCAGAGCUGCACCAUCUCGAGUACGACAUCAACGACAAGAACCCAGACAACUGGCUGAAGACGAACUGGGCGGCCCGCUGGUACUACGACAAAAUGCUCCCCGACAUAUGCGCGGAGCUCGUGCCUCGCGUGCCGUACCACAACUCGUCCCCCUGGGGAGGCUCAUACAGCAACGACGCAACCGUUGGCGAUAUUCAUUCGUGGAGGGUAUGGAUGGCCGACCAGCCACGCUACCCAUAUCAAGACUACGAAAAGCUCACCGGCCGCUUCGUGAGCGAGUUUGGCAUGAAAUCCGCUCCCGCCGUCCGCAGCGUCCGCCAGCUCAUCAGCGAUCCCGCAGAGAGGCAUCCGCAAUCACGCACGUUUGACAACUGGUUCUGCGCGCCGGAGGACCAGCGCACGCUGUCCAUGUAUCUGAUUGACAACCAGAAACACAACCACGCCUCGUUGCCGGCAUACGUAUAUGCCACUCAGCUCAACCAGGCCGAAGCAACCGACUACGCACUGAGGCCUUUCCGGCGCCUUUGGAAGGGCCCUGGGCAAGAAGAAUGUGCCGGCAGUCUGAUCUGGCAGCUCAACGACUGUUUCCCAGCAGCCAGCUGGUCUUUGGCCGACGCGUUCCUCCGUCCCAAGCUGGCUUACUUUGUUGCCAAGAGAGAUUAUGCACCCAUCGUUGUUGGGUGCGCAAGGACAACGGUUGAAAUACCCGCCGAUGAGUUCACCCGAGUAUUUGUAAAACGAGUCACCACGGCGGAUGUCUGGGCUAGCAAUUGCACAGUCUCUGAGGCAAAGUUGACCGUAACGAUUGCCUUUUAUUCCAUCUUGGAUGGCAAACUGCUGGCCUCCAAGUCCGACGAGGUGACACUGCCACCGAACCGCUCUACAGAGCUGCAAAAAAUAAAGUUCGAGGAAGACGAAUGGGGAGUCAAGCAAGAAUCCAUAAUCGCCGCUACAAAGCUGACCAAGGACGGACAUGUGCUGGCCCGUUAUGUCAAUUUCCCACAGCCACUGCGGCAUCUCGAUUUAACCGCUGCAGAGGUUACCGUCACCAAGAAAGAUGUCAAUGUCUCUGAUAAUUCGUUCAAGCUUGCUGUUUCAGUCAAGAAUGGCGUGGCAAAGGGAGUAGAAUUGAUGAUUGAUACUCUGGACCCGGACGUUGCAGACAGCUAUACCUUUAGUGAUAAUGCCUUAGAUCUAGUUCCAGGAGAUGAACAGAUUGUAACUGUGACUGCUGUUGCUGAUGCAAAGGUUGACAUUGGCGAAGUUGGAGUGACAGAGCAACACUAUGGCUCGGUAAGUCUAGAAGCGGAAGUUUAAUGGCAUUGUACGUCUUGGAGUUGCAACGGCGGUAGCUUGGAUAGACGUGUAUACAGAUAAACUAUAGAUGACGAAGUUGUAUUAGACUGAAUUGAUCCAGUUCAACCACAGAAU